UUCAUCAAAGCCACAAGUACGUACCCAGAAGAGAGAUCUCGCAUUAGUCCUCAACCGUAAUACAUUCGACAAUUAGUAUUAGUAUAUCGUGAUCAUGGCCAGCCUUCAAGCUUCAAGUUGUAUUACUCUUUCGUCGAUUUCUUCAUCUUCUUGUUGCCGGAGAGAUUUGAAUAUCAAUGCUACAAUCAAAAUGCCGAAACUCCGAAACCGAAGCCUUGUUCUUCCAAAGGCUACAAGUACUACUACUAGUAGUGCUUUAGUUGAGGAAUUGGAACUGACAAGUGGUUACAAGAAUACGAAGAGUACUACUGGUUUUGUGGAAAAGAUUUCGGCUUUUCCAAGAUACGAUUACAAGGUUUCGGAUCCUAUGGUGACAGUAGCAAGAAAGUUUUACGCGAUCAUGGAGGCUAUUGAAGAUAGAGUGGAGAUGCAUAAGAAUAUCGGGGAGCAGAGAAACAAUUGGAACAGUCUACUUUUGGCAUCCCUUAAUACGAUUACUCUCGCAGCAGCAACAAUGGCCGGGAUUGCAGGUACAGUAGCAGAUACAGGCGGUGCUCCUCUUUCAGCGCUCAAGCUCUCUUCCACCUUCUUGUAUUUGGCAGCCACUGGGAUGUUGAUAAUCAUGAACAAGAUUCAGCCAUCUCAACUUGUUGAAGAGCAACGAAACGCUGCAAGGUUUUUCAAGCAACUUCAUGCAGAAAUGCGCACAAUGGUGUCUCUUGGCAACCCGUUAACCCUGGAUGAUGUGAACCAGGCCACGGACAAAGUUCUGGCGCUUGACAGGGCCUUCCCGCUCCCUUUACUCGGCGUGAUGCUCGAAAAGUUCCCUGCAACCAUGGAGCCAGCGGUGUGGUGGCCUCGACAACAACAACGAAGAAGAGAAGCGAAAGGGCAUUGUGAGAGAAAGAAUGACGGGAAUGGAUGGGAUGUGAAGUUGGAGGAGGAAAUGAGAGAGAUAGUUGGGGUUUUGAAGAGGAAGGACAAGGCAGAUUACUUGAGAUUGGGUGAAAAGGCCUUAAAAUUGAACAAGGCGUUGGCCAUUUCUGGCCCUUUACUAACUGGCCUAGCGGCUAUUGGCUCGGCCUUGGUGGGAUUGCCUAGCCAUGGUUCAUGGGCUGUGGUGCUUGGAGUGGUAGCUGGUGCUUUGUCAAGCAUCGUGAACACUGUUCAGCAUGGUUGGCAAGUGGGAAUGGUGCUCGAGAUGUAUAGAGGCAAUGCUGGUUUCUUUAGGCUCAUGGAAGAGUCUAUACAGUCAACUUUGAAGGAAGAAGUGGAGAGAAGAGAGAAUGGAGAGUUGUUUGAAAUGAAGGUGGCCUUGCAGCUGGGAAGAAGCUUAACCGAGCUAAAAGAUCUUGCAUCAGUUUCUUCAAUAAAAGGGGCGGGCAUGGAAGAGUUUGGAAGCAAGCUUUUCUAGAUUAUUUAAUUGUAUUGUAUGAAUUAACGUGUAUAUAUAACACUAAGCCUAGUAGUUUAUUA